AUGUCACGCUCAUCACCGAGUCCAGGCGGGGACGACCUGGCCUCCCCGGCGUCUCCUAUAUACGCACCUACCCAUAGCAGACUUGUGCCCCGGCACGAGCGCCGGGUGACCACAAGCAGCAUCAAAUUCCCGCUUUCAGCACCGCCCCCGACAGCGACGCACUACUACGCGCGGAGCAGCGUCUACUCCCUCAGCAGUGGCCCCGGCACAUCGACCAUCACAUUCGCUUCGCACAAGGCCAGCUCCAUCAACUCGGGCACCGCAACAGUAGCCGGCACAAGCACACCACCCCUAUCACCCACGCGCCCGCCACGUCCGCAUGAUGGACCGCUCGAGAUCCCAGAUCUGGUAAAGCCCGCUGGGCCCCCACCAAAUCGCGCACUCCCGCCACCGCCGCCCAACCACCCGAAUUCACCCACCUUCUCCGUGUCUCCCGUCUCGCCACUAUCACCCACCUUCUCCCCGCGACCCCUCGCCCUCGGCGGCGGCAGCAGCCCGGCCAUCAGCGCCGUCGCCAUCCCUCCACCCGGCCGGCACGACCAUGACAGCAUCAACAGCAACAACACCACUAAUACCAAAAGCAGACACCACCACUCACACCACCAGCAUCACCAACACCAUCACGACCCUGCCGCCAUCGGCAUAGCCCUCUCGGCCUCGACGUCCACAAAGGAACUCUGUGAUCUUACCGAGUCGUACGCGCGCGAGACGCGCGAGAGCUGGGGCAGCUGGAGCGGGGCCGGCGGAGGCGGGCCGGGCACGAACCCGGCGGCCCCCAAGAGGGGGAGUAAUAGCCCGCGGGGCUCGGCGGAUAGGAAGGGUGGUGGUGGUGGUGGUGGUGGUGGUGGCUCGUCUGUUGCGCUCCAGGAGUUGGACCUGGAGAAGCUUGGGGGACGGUAUUGA